AUGGAGCGAUAUAUUAGUAUUACUAAAACAUCAGAGCCUAAACCAAAAAAAGCACGUAUUCAUGAAAAUGUUAGUGAUCCUAAUGUUCCUGUUAGUGGUGUGGCAAGUACAUCAACACUAGAACUUCAACAAAGUCACUCAACAAUCGUACCCAAAUUUCAAUAUUUGUUCAAUCGUUUUUACAAGUUAAUGACAAUAAAUGGUGAGAAACUAACGGCUUCGUGUGAAUAUUGUCCACAAAUUGUAAGUGCAUCUACAACAUCCAGUGGGAACUUGUUAAGCCACAUUAAAAAAAAGCAUAGUUUUUUGAUGCCAAAAGUUGAAGAUGCGAGAAGAGAAAAGAAUCAGUCAUCAAAUAUCACUCAGACAAAAAUUAUGAUUAAUGAUGUUUCUUCAAAUAAAGUUUCAAAACAAAAGGUAUUCCUUGUCAAUAAUUUAAUUGAUGUCCAUAUUAAAGAAUUAGUGUUUAACUAUAUUGUCAAUGAAAUGCGUCCAUUAAUUACAUGUGAAAAAAAGGCUUUUCGGGAAUUAAUAAUUGGGUUAACUGGAUUGAAAGACACCUCUAUGAUCCCUGAUCGAAGACAAAUGCGGUCUCAUUUAAAAUCUACUUAUGCAGCAUAUGUGGAGAUGUUGACAGAUUUAAUCAAAAAUCAUAACUAUAUUUGUAUGACUGCAGACAUUUGGAGCACAAACAAUAAGAGUUACAUGGGUAUGACAUGUCAUGUCAUUAAUAACAACACAUAUCAACGGGAAUCAUUCAUUCUUGGAUGCAAGCGGAUGAAAGGAAGCCAUGAUUAUCUUAAUAUUGCCGAGGUUAUGACAGAUAUUACUGAUAAUUAUAGAAUAGAUCUUUUAAAAAUAACCCACACUGUAACAGACAAUGCAAGCAAUUUCGGUAAAUCUUUUCGAACAUUUUCAAAAGCUUUACCUUCUGAACUUCAAUCGAAUUCCCCUACUAUGGGUAAUUUUAAUGAAGAUGAUGAUGUAAGUAGCUCUAAUAGUGAAACAGAUGGUGAAUGUUCUAGUCUGGAUAUAGUGAAUGUUGAUGCUGUACUCUCAAACCCAGGACGACUUGAAACAAGUAACGAUAGUUUAUUUUUGCCCCCACAUAUUACUUGUUGUGCACAUAGCUUAAAUUUAAUUGCUACUCAUGAUAUUUCUACCAUUGAAGAUAAUAAGUACAAAAAAAUGUCUGAAUCAACAUUUCAAAAAUUGUCAAGUUUUUGGAAUAUUUGUAGCAGGAGCACAGUUGCAGCUGCCGCAAUCGCGGCGGCGUUAUCACUCCUCCUUAUCGCUUUUCGCGGUUUCGACCGUCUUUCACGAUUUUUUUUCAAAAUGUUCGAGUUUUACCCACCGGGGGGCCUCGGGCGGCCCCGUUCGGACCUUAUUCGCGUUCCUCGGUAA